CCAGGGAACUCCAUCCCACCCUUUUUGGGCCAGCUGUCGUCCCGCCCUUCUCAGCGCCCCCUCCUGGCUGGGUGGGGGCCCCUCUUGGCUGAGCUGGGGUGUCCCCCUCCCCACCCAAGGCCGGCCCUUUCCUGUGGAGUCAUCUCACUGCCGCGCGCCACCCACUCGUAACUCGCACCCGGGUCCUGGCUGCGCUGCGUCCCCUCCUGCAUCCCCUGGAUGGCCCUUCAGCCAAAGGGGGCCUGGGCAAUGGUCGACCACCGAGCUGCGCAAGGAAAAGUCCCGGGAUGCGGCCCGCAGCCGGCGCAGCCAGGAGACCGAGGUGCUGUACCAGCUGGCCCACACGCUGCCCUUCGCACGCGGCGUCAGCGCCCACCUGGACAAGGCCUCCAUCAUGCGCCUCACCAUCAGCUACCUGCGCAUGCACCGCCUCUGCGCCGCAGGGGAGUGGAACCAGGUGGGAGCAGGGGGAGAACCACUGGAUGCCUGCUACCUGAAGGCCCUGGAGGGCUUCGUCAUGGUGCUCACCACCGAGGGAGACAUGGCUUACCUGUCGGAGAAUGUCAGCAAACACCUGGGCCUCAGUCAGCUGGAGCUCAUCGGACAUAGCAUCUUUGAUUUCAUCCACCCCUGUGACCAAGAGGAGCUUCAGGACGCCCUGACCCCCCAACAGACCCUGUCCAGGAGGAAGGUGGAGGCCCCCACGGAGCGGUGCUUCUCCUUGCGCAUGAAGAGUACGCUCACCAGCCGCGGGCGCACCCUCAACCUCAAGGCGGCCACCUGGAAGGUACUGCAUUGCUCUGGACAUAUGAGGGCCUACAAGCCCCCUGCACAGACUUCUCCAGCUGGGAGCCCCAACUCAGAGCCGCCACUGCAGUGCCUGGUGCUCAUCUGCGAAGCCAUCCCCCACCCAGGCAGCCUGGAGCCUCCUCUGGGCCGGGGGGCCUUCCUCAGCCGCCACAGCCUGGACAUGAAGUUCACCUACUGUGAUGACAGGAUCGCAGAAGUGGCCGGCUACAGUCCCGAUGACCUGAUCGGCUGUUCCGCCUACGAGUACAUCCACGUGCUGGACUCCGAUGCGGUCAGCAAGAGCAUCCACACCUUGCUGAGCAAGGGCCAGGCAGUAACAGGGCAGUAUCGCUUCCUGGCCCGGAACGGUGGCUACCUGUGGACCCAGACCCAGGCCACAGUGGUGUCAGGGGGACGGGGCCCCCAGUCGGAGAGUAUCGUCUGUGUCCAUUUUUUAAUCAGCCGGGUGGAAGAGACCGGAGUGGUGCUGUCCCUGGAGCAAACGGAGCGACACUCUCGCAGACCCAUUCAGCGGGGUGCCCCCUCUCAGAAGGACACCCCUAACCCUGGGAACAGCCUUGACACCCCUGGCCCCCGGAUCCUCGCCUUCCUGCACCCCCCUUCCCUGAGCGAGGCUGCCCUGGCUGCUGACCCACGCCGUUUCUGCAGCCCUGACCUCCGUCGCCUCCUGGGACCCAUCCUGGAUGGGGCUUCAGUAGCCGCCACUCCCAGCACCCCGCUGGCCACACGGCGUCCCCGAAGUCCUCUUUCGGCUGAUCUCCCAGAUGAACUACCUGUGGGAACAGAGAAUGUGCACAGACUCUUCACCUCCGGGAAAGACACUGAGGCAGUGGAGACAGAUUUAGAUAUAGCUCAGGAUGCCGAUGCUCUGGAUUUGGAGAUGCUGGCCCCCUACAUCUCCAUGGAUGAUGACUUCCAGCUCAAUGCCAGCGAGCAGCUACCCAGGGCCUACCACAGACCUCUGGGGGCUGUCCCCCGGCCCCGCGCUCGGAGCUUCCAUGGCCUGUCACCUCCAGCCCUUGAGCCCUCUCUGCUGCCCCGCUGGGGUAGUGACCCCCGGCUGAGCUACUCCAGCCCUUCCAGAGGGAACCCCUCAGCAUCCUCUUCCAUGGCUGGGGCUCGGAAGAGGACCCUGGCCCAGAGCUCAGAGGACGAGGACGAAGGAGUGGAGCUGCUGGGAGUGAGACCUCCCAAAAGGUCCCCCAGCCCAGAACCCGAAAACUUUCUGCUGUUUCCCCUCAGCCUGAGUUUCCUUCUGACAGGAGGACCAGCCCCAGGGAGGCUACAGGACCCCAGCACCCACCUCCUGGACCUGAAUGAGCCCCUGGAGACGAGGUUUCGCCAUGUUGCCCAAGCUGGUCUUGAACUCCUGAGUUCAAGUAAUCCACCUGCCUUGACCUCCCAAAGUGCUGGGAUUAUUGGCAUGAACCACCGCGCCCGACAGUAAAUAUGUUUUGAAUGAAUAAACUCUCAUAAAUGAAGUACGUGUGAGUAUCCUGGUUUCCCAAGUAACAACAGCUGACUUAACUGCUUUUUCACCAGUACUAGUUAUGGUUCAAAGCACCUUCCAUAGAUUUACUCAUUUAUUCCUUACAACAGCCCAAGAGGGAGGUGCUGUUAUUAGCCUAUCUUACAGAUGAGGGAACUGAGGCACAGAGAGGUGAAGUCACCUGCCCCAGGUCACACAGAAAGUAAAUAUCAACACCUGGAUUCAAACUAGGGCAGCAUCUGGCUCUGGACUCAGGUUCUUCACUGCAGUCCUGAACACCCCAGAGAGGUUCAAAGAGCGGAAAGUGCCCAAGAUGUCACUGCCGUUUGAAUCCAGACAGGCCUCCCUCACCACCCAGGCUUUUAAGUCCCAGGAAGGGGAGACGGGUUGGUGUGGGAUCUGAUGAGGUUUCUCUUCAAAUAACUCAACCAAUCUUUUAUUCUUUCAUUCAUAGUACCUCUCCCCGCCGCCUUUUUCCCUUUUUCUCCUUUUUUCCUUUUUGCCUUUUUUGAAUGCCCAGACACGCCACAAUACCAGGCGUUAUCAAUACCAGCUCACGUUCCUUUCCUUAUUAAAAAAAGGACUAACUUUCUAACUCAUUGCAGACACCGCUUCCCCUUUCCUCUCCGCUUUCUUUAACGUGCCCAUCUUAUCUAAACAAAUCAAAUGUUUAGCCAACCGAAAUUAGUUUAAAUUGUAUAACCCAACCCAAGCUAAUAAAAAAAAAAAGUACAAAAGCAAGACUUGCAUCAAAAAUAAAGGCUCU